AUGAGAGGGAUCAUCGCAGCGUUACAGAGGUGCAGAACCCUGAGACAGGUCCAGCAGGUUCACGCCCUCGUCCUCACAUCGAGUCCCAUUCCUCUAGAGGACCACGCUUCGGCACUCGCCCAUCUGCUCCUCUCCUCCACCUCGCUGCUGAUAGCUCAGCCUCAACCAGGCACUAGCACCACCACCGUCAUCGCGUAUUCGCUCUCCCUCUUCCACCUCGCCGCGGAUCCGGGCAUCUUCCUGUGGAACACCAUUAUCAGAGCUCUCACCGUUUCCUGCCUCCCACGUGACGCUGUCUCCUAUUUCUGCAGAUCUCACCGCGCUGGAGUUGGGCCCGAUAGCUUCACCUUCGCCUUCUCUCUCAAGGCGGCCGCGCUGCUUGUCGAUGCCAGGUUGGGAGAACAGGUCCAUGCUCAAGUCGUCAAAGUGGCGUUUGAAUCCCACGCCUUCGUUGUGUCAUCUUUGAUGCGUUUGUAUACGAAGGUUGGGCGCAUGCCGUUUGCACGCAAAUUGUUUGAUGGUAUGCCUGUGAGAAAUGAGGUUGGCUGGUGCGUCAUGAUUGCCGGAUACAUUGAAGAGGGCAAUGUGGUUGAGGCCAGGUCGUUAUUUGACAGGAUGCCUCGGCGAACCGCUGCAGCGCCAUGGAAUGCUUUGAUCGAGGGAUACGUUAGGCACGGCCUUCCUGAUGAAGCUCUGAAGCUCUUCUCUUCAAUGGUGGCAGCGACCAAUGCCGGGACACCACCCGACAGGAUCACGAUUUUGGCUGCGCUUUCGGCAUGCGGCCAGCUGGGGGCACUAGAACUUGGUAGAUGGCUGCAUUCUUAUGCUUACAAGAAUGCAAUGUUCUCGAAUUUAAGCAUAAGAACGGCACUAAUCGACAUGUAUUCCAAGUGUGGAUGCACGGAACUAGCAAUGCAGGUGUUCAGCGGCAUUGAAGUUCGGGAUAAGCUAUCAUGGACAGCCAUUAUUUGCGGAAUGGCAUUCGAUGGCCACGGAGAAAAGGCAUUGAAAUUGUUCUCCGACAUGGAGGAGUCCGGGACGCUGCCCGAUGAUAUUGCCUUCAUCGCCGUUCUGUCUGCUUGCAGUCAUGCAGGGUUGGUAAAUGAAGGCAGCAAAUUGUUUGAGAUUAUGAUCAAGAAGUAUGGUUUGACACCAAAGAUGGAGCACUAUGGUUGCAUGGUGGACAUUUUGGGGAGAGCAGGGCAACUUGCAGAAGCGUACAGAUUCAUAAUGAGCAUGCCGGUGGCUGCCAAUGGCACGAUUUGGAGUGCCUUGCUUGGUGCCUGCAGAACUCACGGAGAUGAUGGUGAGAUUGCUAAAAUUGCAACGCAGAAUCUUGUGCAAGCUGAGCCUUCGCGUGGUGACAGAUAUGUGCUGUUGUCAAAUGUGUUUGCUGCAAAGGAAAGGUGGCAGGACGUUGAAAGGGUUAGAGACUUGAUGAAAGAAGUCAGGAAGCAUAAGAAAUGGGGUUGUAGCUUUAUGCAGCCUCUCACUCCAGCCUUGCCAGGUUGCAGUGAGAAUCACGAAGGUUCGGGGCUUUCACGAGCCUCCAUCCUCCCUCCUGAUGCUGUUAAGACAGCCAGGCGUGCGCCGCUUCACAUGACCAAGCUGUUUGUGGUCUCUCAUGUCUAUGUUCGUACCUUAUUGCGUCAAUUGUCCUUUGGAUAUCUUUCGGCUAAUGGUGCUGCUGGCAACAUUCUGCUAGCAUGGUCUCCGCCUCUUACGGGGGUUGUUGUGCAUGUUGGUUGUUCAAGAAUUUCACAUUUUCUGUUCUCAAGUAUUACAGUCAUUUGCUCUAAAGAAAUCCCAGUUUUCUUUCCAAGAAAGCACAAUGAUGAGCUUGCAUGUGAAAUAGAUUUUGAUGCUCUUGUUGAUUCCCAAACGAACGUGGUUAUUGGUGGUAUAAUGGAGCACGUAGAGCAGGCUGGAGUAAAUUCUGGUGACUCGGCAUGCUCACUACCAACUAAAACUAUCCGAGCCUCCUGUUUGGAGCUGAGGAGAAUGGCAUUAGCAAAUAAAGUCUCUAUCAUCACAAUCGUGGCUGGAGCAUUGGCCAUUGUAGAGGCAAUACGCAGCAUGAAGCAAAGUCCUGUCAAUAUGCUGCCUUUGCAAGUCCAUUUUAGUGUUCAAGGAACAAGUGGAAUUUCGGGUGGAGAACUAUAG